AACGUGAUUCACCCAAAGCUUGUGCCGUGGACGUCCGUCCUCUCGUCUCUCCAACACACCGGCCUGAAAUUUAAAGCCCUCCCGAGGCACGAGUGGAUCAAGGCUUUGCGCGCUAGCCCUAUUGAUGAAGUGAAUAACCCGAGCCGGAAGCUGUUGACAUUUUUUGAGAACAAAUACGGACAAGAGGAACUGGCUACGCGGUACCCAUUGCUGACAGUGCAAAGUGAGAAAGCAAGUAAGAGUCUCACGAGUGCACCUAUCGCUGAUGAUGGACUGGUGAGGAAGUGGGUAGCUGCUUGGAGAGAGACAGGUUUUUUGGCUUGACACUCGGAGCAGUUGGUUCAAGCUCGUGAAUGCUGAUAAUGAACCUCCUUAUAAACAUCUCACCCUUGCAUUACUGAUAUACCAGGAGUCGUCAGUUGAUCAUCAGAUAGAGAUUCAGAUAUUGGACGCUUAAAUACGUACUUAGGGUUUAAGCAACAUGAUAACUGCAUACUUAUUGUGGCUGUACCGUAGUAGUACCAGUCAUGCACCAAACUGGACAAAAUACUUGACAUGCAUCAUUUCAGCCAUGGAGAAAGCAUCUCACUUAUCCGUGAUAGUAGACCUAUCUCCAACGCAAUGGCACCUCUCUGCGCAAACUUCAAACCAGUAUCCACUCUCCAUUGAGACGUUCCUCUCGCAGCUCCUCGCAUUUCUGAAUGCGCAUAUCGCAUCCAAGCAUGAGAACUCACUUGUAGUCUUUGGCGCGUUUCCUGGGAAGAGUGUAUUGCUCUAUUCAUCCACGGAGCUGCUCUCGGAUGACGUGCCCUCAUUGGAUGCUAACUCGUAUCUGCCAUUCAAGCUUGUGGACUCGACAGUUGUACAGAGGAUCAUGAAUGAGUUUGAUGCUAUCGGAGAGCUCGACGAAGAACCUUCAUGUGCAUUGGUAGGCGCUGUGACGAAGGCCCUGUGUUACAUCAACCGCAUCACCCAUCCCUCAUCAACGACAGCCGGUGUCGCAGAGGACCCGUCGAUCGUCCACGACCCUCGCAUCUUAAUCCUUUCAGUCUCCCCUGACUUGUCUUCUUCGUACAUCCCAAUCAUGAACGCUAUCUUCUCCGCACAAAAACUGAAAGUGACAAUUGACGUGUGCAAAGUCUAUGGACCCGAUACCGUAUUUUUGCAGCAAGCAGCUCACCUAACGAACGGGUCCUACAUCUACCUGGAACGCCGAGAUGCACUCCUGCAAUAUUUGAUUAUGUCUUUCCUGUCACCAACAUCCAUCCGCAAGAUUCUAGCUGUACCAAAGCAAGACAAGAUUGAUUUCCGCGCUGCGUGCUUUUGUCACAAGAACAUUGUGGACAUUGGUUUUGUCUGCUCAGUCUGUUUAUCUAUUUUUUGUCAACCACUCCCGGUUUGCUCUACAUAACGAAGUUCCCUAUCAAUACACUCAAACGACUCAAUGCUGCUCGCCCCAUUCUCACUCCUGCAAACUCACGCAUAGGACUUCCGCUGGCCAACUUGAACAACGCGGCAUCGCCUCGUCCAACUUCCACUCCACCGAAUGGGAUGUCCAGUCUCCGAUGACAAUGGGCAGAUGACAGUGUUGGAGCUUGGAUGUUGACGCGAAGCCGGAGAUUGAACAUUUGGAAUGUUACUACUACUAUAUAUGACCGGACCCUCGUGUCCACCCUCUUUCCCCAGUCUGUUAUUUGGGGAUAGAGGGUGUGUCUCUUACUUUGUCUCUCGCCCGC